CGGCCUUUGUUCCUGAGAAGUUCGACCGAAGUUCUAUCAGAAGUGUCUUCAUUCUUCUUACGUUUCUUAACAAGUCCGAACUCAAGAAAAGUCCUCACGGAGUGGGAUUUUUGUAAAAUCAUUCGAAACAAUCGAAGGAAGCCAUGAUUCGGAUUUGGUUGGCUGUGAUCAUUCUGGCUGUCCACAGAAAAGCUUGGGCCGCCUCCGUGGUCGAGGUGAAUUCCGAGGUGCGCAGUUCCGUAGAGGAGUUUCUGAAGGGCAAGAGUAAGCUGCGGAUGGACGACGCCAAGCCCCUGAAGGUGAGCCCCAAUAGCAUCCUGCCGCCCAAAACGAAACACCCGAAGCUGGAACUUGUGGAGGAAGCACUGAGGCUCAUCUACCACGAAUUAUACGAUGUCGCCAAUUCAACCGAGCAUAUCAAUGCCACCGAGUUGUUGAAAAAAUCUCGUACCUUGAGCUCCCGCCAGAGCUUCUUCAGCAAUGGCCUGAACAGCGCAUCUGAGUACUUGAUGUCCCUGGUGGAGAACUCUUUGGAGGACUGGCCUAGUCUGCCUCGUCUAGAAGCCCAGGAGUGCAUGAAGAGGAGCGUCUGUGAGGCGCACAACCAACCCAAGAAAUACGGGCUCAUUGGUCUGGUGCUGCAACUGCUCUUUCCGCCUUACACCAAAGCAGAAGACCCUAAUAAUGUUGUCUCCAAAUAUCAGCUAGCUGCUAGAUACGGAAGACAGUCUAAUGCCAACUGCGGAGUCCAGUACGAUGGGUGCAUGUUGAAUUUGUUGGACAUUGUUCAAGCUUUGGUGAACGCUUUCAUACGUUAAUUCCCCUCUUCACUUACAGCAUGAAGAAUUUCCAGUGUUUUUGUAUUUACGAUGUGUUUAAGAGAGAUGCUGUACCGAAAAACCUAUUGAUUACUGAAAUGGUUGCUUGUGCUCUAUCUACAGAAUGUAAUUUGAGAGCAUUUCCUUUAAUUAUUUAUGUCUGAUUAUUUGUAUUUAUGUCAUUUUUUACACUGUUUUGGGUUUGCACAAUGCAGUUACAGUGAAAAUUUAAAAUAAUUCUCGUGAAUUAAUAUUUAAAGUGUCCCUAUUACUUUUAUUUAUUAUUUCAGUGAAACUGCUGUUAAAUCUUUUAUAUGUACCUAUAGAAUUUUAUAUGUAGCUGUAGUUGUAUUAAAAUCAACGAUGUUCUUCUAAUAAUUUUAAAAUUUUGGAAAGAAGAGCAGGAAAUUAAUAUUUCAGGUGUUAGCAAAACUAAUUUAAAUGGAAAACAGAAAGCCCUCGAGUAAACGGUCUAAACGAGAUGAAAAAAUAUUUGUAAAAUCUAAGUCCUGUGAUGUAAACAUUAUUUGAAGUAGCUUAUGAUGCUUGAAAUGGUUCUUAAUAAUGUAAAACACCCCAUUGCUCAAAUGUCAAAUACUUAAUAUUUUUCUAAUUAUGAUACUUGAUAAUUAGCUAAACUUAAUGAUUAACUAAUCAAGUAUGUCACCGAAACUUCGCGUCGAAUACGCAAUGCUGGAAGCAUUGUUGUUCUACGUGUGAACCAAUCGUUUAGUAUAAUAGCACCCAAAUUUUCAAAAGCUAAGGAGACCACGGUUUUUUGUAAAUAAUAUUUGAAUUACAGAAUAUUUGAAUUUCAGAUCCCUUGCUACACGAAAUAUACCCGCAUUGCUAUUGAAUUGUUACACUGGUUGGAGUGGAUAUAUUCAGCGCAAAAAUCCCUUUGUUGUUGGCUUGUCACACAUGCACUUUUUAUUUUUCAGAUAUUUUUCAUUAAAACUAAAAUUUAAACGACUGUAGUCACAUGGGGAAAUAUUGGAGCUAUCUAAAGAAUAUUUGAAAAUUUUCUAUCGUGAUUUUAUUAAAUGAUCGAAUAUGGCUUAGCAUUGUCCUACUGCAUUAUUUCAUUCAAAAGCUGGCUUCUUAUUUUUCAUGAAAUUGUUUAGGUUUCAGCGAAGUGUAGCAGCAGAGUUGAGAGCCAAUUGUUUCACUAUAUUCUAUCCAGUCUUUAAGUAGAGCUCUUUCUUCGUCGAAAAAGGAGCUGAGCGUCACUUUUCUGGCAUCUCCUUCCGGACAUGCGGAGAUGGGAUAAUGCUAUUUCCAUUUCUAUUGAACCGAGUACAAUUAGACACAAUUCGCUACAGCAAAUAUCUUCAUUUGGACAAAACCGGUUCAUUAAAGAAAUUCUGUUUAUUGAAACUGCUGAAUCGAGGGUCUUCUGUAAGCCAUUUUUAAAAGCGAAUAUACAUUUGUUUUUUCAACAGGGCAUUUUUAGCUUUAUGUACUGCGCCUUAAAUAUAAUAAUCUAACUGCGUCAAAGAGCUUUUUCACUUGUUAUGAUGAAACACAUUUUUUCCCCUUCUGCCAAAUAAGUUAUUCUAGUAAAUGAUAUUCAAGCGAUACUGCUCAUUUCCCACAAUAACUUUUAAACGAAUGAAAGUAAAAGUUUAAGUGUUGCGGAUAUUUACUUAUUUACCACAUUUUCAUCUCUAUUUUAUCUCCGUACGAUGUGGUGUUAUCAUUCGCAUAUUUAUUUUUACAUGUUUUUAAUUUAUUAUUUUUAUGUGUCACCCGCAUUUGAUAAUACUGAUUCAUUAUGUGUGAAAAAUAAAGAUGAGUUUUAUUUUUGA